UAUAAUUAUUCAACGAUACAUUGACAAACGUAUCAUAUUUUAUGGUGUAUCUAUAAUAACAUUUUAUAUGGCUACGGUGGUAGUGGUUAUCCUACCUUUUGUGACGAAUCAACCGUUUCCAUUGUUAACCGAAUAUCCAUUUGACACAUAUCGUCAGCCGCUAAGAACUAUUCUCUAUAUACAUCAAACUAUAGUCGGAGUACACGUAUCAGGGCAACUAUGUUCCAAUGUCUACAUGGCUGCUUUACUUUGGUUUGCAUCGGCAAGAUUUGAGAUAUUGACUGAAGAGUUGCGAAAAGCCACAGAUGUUUAUUAUUUGGCCAAAUGUAUUAGAAAACAUCAGGACUUACUCAAGUAUGCAAAUGAAGCUGUUCUUGCUGCUCGUCCUUUUGCACUAACGACUAUAUGUUGUAGUACAGUUUGCAUGGUAAUACUCUGUCUUUUGAUUCUUACCGAUCAUUCUUGGUUAUUAUUAUUAAAAUGUAUCGGUUUGGUUCUGAGCGCUUUAUCAGAGGUAUUUAUGUAUACAUGGCCAGCAGAACAUUUAAUUUACACAACCCAAGACGUCGGACAGGCAGCAUUCGAUAUGCCUUGGUAUGAUCAAUCAAUUGAAAUACGGAAUUGUAUACAAAUUAUUAUGCAAAGGAGUCAAAAACCAAUAACAGUUGCAAUAGCUUGUGUUAUGCCCACGUUAUCUCUUAGUUAUUUUGCAUCGUACUGUUCAACUAUAGUUUCUUUUUUCACAACGUUUCGAGCAUUUCUAAAUGAUGAAGAGUAAAAGUAAACGUUGCAUAGAAUUAAUAUAAUAAUAGUAGCAAUUGAUGUAUACACAAAG